AUGGAAGAUUGUAGUGUCGGUGUUGUUAUUUCGCAGCCAUUGAGUUGUAAGGGAACGAGUGAUGGCAAGUCUGGAGAGGACUACACCACUGCUAUAGCACUACAGUUGCAUAAUAUAUUAAUAGUGAUGAUUGUGGGACAUAUGACAGAUGUGUCGGCCAUUCAGAUCCCGGGUAUGACGAGUGGCCAGUACUCGGGGCCAACGAUGGGCACCGGUCUCUCGCCCUCGAGUUGUAAUCCACAAUCGCCAGCAAUGAUGCCAUCGUUUGGCUUCACUCAAGAACAGGUCGCCUGUGUUUGUGAAGUACUGCAACAAUCGGGAAAUAUUGAUAGAUUGGGCCGAUUCUUGUGGUCAUUACCCGCUUGUGAACAGUUGCAGAAGAAUGAGUCGGUAUUGAAAGCUAAAGCAUUGGUAGCCUUUAACAGAGGAAAUUUCAAAGACUUGUACAGAAUCCUAGAGAGUCACACAUUCAGUGUGUCAUCUCAUCCCAAACUACAGGCCCUUUGGCUCAAAGCUCACUACAUUGAGGCCGAGAAACUUCGCGGACGACCAUUAGGUGCAGUCGGAAAGUACAGAAUCCGACGCAAGUUUCCGCUGCCGCGCACGAUAUGGGACGGCGAAGAGACCUCUUAUUGUUUCAAAGAGAAGUCCCGGAAUGUGUUACGCGAAUGGUAUGCACACAACCCAUACCCGUCGCCCCGGGAGAAGAGGGAACUCGCAGAGGGCACAGGACUUACCACAACACAAGUAAGCAAUUGGUUUAAAAAUAGGCGACAGAGGGAUAGGGCGGCUGAGGCUAAAGAUAGUAUUAAAUCGGGUGCCAAAGGACUGAACGACUCGUCCAAUUCUGGCAAUGAUAGCGGCGACGACUCAUCCAAUGAAGCGACUUCGUUGCGGACGAGCAGCGGUUCCGAUCAUUUGAUUCAUAACAUGGUUUCCCAUCCGUCGAAUACAAGUCAUCAACAAAUGAAUUCUGUGUCAUCUAUGAGCCAAUCGGCGGCGACGGCCACCCAAUCAGCUCUAUAUCACGGCUUUCGACUCAAUCAUCACCACAUGGGAGCGACAGCACAUCCACACCAUUCCCACCAUUUGGCAGAUGUGGCUCCGUCUGCACUAGUCAUGCACACCAGCGGCUCAUCUGCCGAAGCAAUGCUUCAGUUGAGUGCAGUGGCGGCCGCGCAGGGACUCGACUACGGGUCCGCUAUCGGGGGCUCACAUUCACAACUAUAGGAGACCAGCAAACUCUCUGACCACACAUUCCAACCACACGUUAGGAACUAAACAAACAGUAAAUAUUGUUUGAGAUAAUUAAUUGAUUUAUAUUAUCGUAUUAUUUACUAAUUGUUCGGCUAUAAGACAGAGAAAAUCAGUGAAAGUCAUAAACGUUUCAAUUCAUUAAAACAUUUAUUUAUUACAAACAAUACCAAC